AUCAUGUUUGAGGUCUCCGCGGGAGUCGUUCUUAUGAAACCCGGAUUAUGUCCAUCACAUCACUCAACUUCAUUUAAUAACUACGUAUAUGCAUGUUAAGUAGAAGAUUUGAACUGUUAAUAGCAUUACAUUGUGGUUUGUACAAGAAACGUGCAAAUUUUGUGCCCGAAAUGAUAAAAAAUGUGUGUGUGUAUGUGUGUGCGAUCCGUCCUGUGUACCAAGUGAGUAAGUGACUAGUAACCGCUCAAGUUCUGCAACAACAACACAUUGCAGCACUCAAGAGGGAGAGGAGGAAGGCUCCACGACACAUUGCAGCACUCAAGAAGGAGAGGAGGAAGGCUCCACGACACAUUGCAGCACUCAAGAACGAGAGGAGGAAGGCUCCAAGACACAUUGCAGCACUCAAGAGGGAAAGGAGGAAGGCUCCAAGACACAUUGCAGCACUCAACAGGGAGAGGAGGAAGGCUCCACGACACAUUGCAGCACUCAACAGGGAGAGGAGGAAGGCUCCACGACACAUUGCAGCACUCAACAGGGAGAGGAGGAAGGCUCCACGACACAUUGUGACACUUGAGGGUACCAAUGGCACACCAAGAAUUGCAAAAUAUACAGGAUGGAGACACUUCUUAUGUGUGUGGAGAAUGUUUUCAGCUGUUUACUUCUAUGGAGUACUUCAAUUAUCAUCAUUGCACACCUUUGAAGUACAGUACAGCUAGUGGAUAUCAGGAAGUCAGCUGCAUUGAGGAGUCUUUUUCUUCUCUAGAUGAAAAAGAUUAUGGAAGCACAGGGACUGAGACUGUCAUGGACGAAGCUGUUGCUACCAUUCUGGGAGAAAAAAUGGAUUUGCCAGAGUCUCGGAGAAAUUCUUGCUCAAUGACGCUUGAUGAACCUACCAUCCAGCUUAACACAUGUGUUGCUAAUAACAAGAUUAUGCAUGGACCAUAUCAGCCCUUACCAAAUGCAAGGAGUAUUUCACAGUUCGAAGGAAGCCAAAUGGAUUUGUAUCCUGCUCAAUAUGUGGAACAAUCCAUUGAACACUUGAGUAUUGUUGAUCAGCAUGUUGGGCCUGUUGUGGAACAUAUUGUAGAAAAUAUUGAAAAUACCUUAGAAAACACUGAAGAAAUGCACUUUGGGCCAGGGAUGACAGUGGAAAGUGUAGAAAUCCCUUCGUCUAAUGUUUACAUCUUCGACAACCCUGUGUAUCUCAAUCGCCUAAUGAAAGACAACACUUGUGGCAAACGAGUGAGGCAUGAUGCUCCCUACAUCCAUCGUUUAGGACCCUGGGAUGACAAGUCUAGUCAACUAUUAAUCCAUCUUCUCAAAGUGUACCCAGAGGCAUAUUUUAUUUGGGGUAAAAAUUGCAAAAGAACAGAAGCCUGGGAAUUAAUACGAUACAAACUCAGUGAAGCUGGUCAUCACUUCACAGUACUGCAGAUUCGCAUGCGAUGGAGAGAACUUUGCAAGAGAUAUCGCAACAUUGUCAACCAUAAUGAUCAGCAUGAUACAAAACGAACUUGCCAAUAUUUUGAUGAUCUUAAUGACCUAUUUGGGGUUUGGGAUUCUAAGGCCACAUUACUUCUGAUCCGAGAAUUAGGAGCGAACCCUGCAAAGAGAUUUGGGCAGAAUGGAGGCACUCGUAUGAGGUAUAAAACAUGGAAACAAGUGCAGGAUGCUCUGUCAGAACAUGGAUAUGAAUACACCGCACACCAAGUUCAUGGGCGGUGGAAUGCACUAGUGACAUUAUACCGGAAGAUGGCAGAACACAACUGCAACGAAAGCAAAGAAAUAAUGACUGUUGCCUAUCAAGAUGCCAUAGAAACUGUGUUUAAGUAUGUCCCGGAGCGUAAAUCUAAGUUGGCUAAAAUUCGUGCAAAGCAAGGCCAGACAGUUAAGGAAUUUCAGAAAAAGUGGACCCUGCAUGCUGAACAAAUUCUUCUCAGAGGUUACAAAGAAAAAAUUGAACUGUUUAUUAAAAGUAAGAACAAGAGAGAAGUUUGGGAACAGAUUGUGAAGAUGAUGGAAGAUGAUGAUCACCACACUAGUGUAGAGAAAGUUAGGACAAGAUUCUAUGAAUUAUCAAAGCAAUAUGAAGCUGUGCUACGUCAUAAUUCUCAGCCUGGUACCCUUUACCGUGAGUCCAAACACCAUGAGAUCUUGGCAGAUAUCUACAGUAGCCAUAACUGCUGGCCUCACGAUGGUUCCACAAUGAAGUCUGACAACUCCAGUUCAUUGCGAUUGAGGCAAAUGAAAGCUCAGAUGGUGUGGAGUGAUGAAGAAUCCCGAGCUGUUCUCACGCUGUAUCCUCAGGUGUUAAUUGAACACCUGAGGAAUGGUGACCAACCACCUCUAGAGGAGCUAUGGGUCCAGCUGGCUAAAUACCUUUUUUCAACACACAACUUCUUCAAGCAACCAUAUGAGAUAGAGGAACAUGUAGCUCUACUUCGGCAAGGGUAUAAAAGCCAAAACCCUUUCCCCUUCAGAGCAGAGAUGGAGCUGCUGGAAGAGACUGAGCGUACCUUAUGCUUUUCUCCCGAAUCACCGUCAACAGUUCUUGCCCAGGUGGCUCAGUAUUGGAGCCAUUCUGCCGCACAUUGUAUGCUCAACUAUGUCAUACAUUACUACCAAGAAGGAAUAAAAGUAUUUAAAGAAAAUUUGUUUGAUAUUAUCAAUGAUGAUAUGAAAAAGCUUGGCUACAGGUACACUACUGAAGAAUGUCGGCAGUUCUACCAGUUGCUUAAAAAGAUUUACAAAAAGAAGGUUGAGGUCUUGAAAGAAGGCAAAGACACCUUUAAGCUGUGUCCUUAUAUGGACAAGAUGGAAGAACUGGAGGCAGCGAUGAUUAAAACUGAAUUUACUGUAACAGAUAAAGUGUAUAUGAAGACAGUCACAGCAGCUUCAUCCAGUUUGGAAGAGAUUGAAGGAAGCGAUGAGAAGUCGAAGCGUGCAUCACUGGAAGUGGAACUUUUGAGGAUUAAAAUGCAACUGAUGCAUGUUGACUGUGUUUCUCCCCUGCUACCCGUCAAGGGUAUUGCACAUGUUCUAUUGAAGUUUUUGAAUGAAGAGAACAGUAUUCAUGGGCUAGAUAACUGCAUAAAUUUAGAAAGAAUUUCCACCAUCUUGCAUCCCCAUAUAAAUAUUUUGAACUUAAUCUCACAAAGUGGACUGCAAUGCACACACUACAAAUCACAGCCAGACACUGCAAGAAAAUUGAGGAAAACAAAUCUGCCACAUAAGUCUGGUUCAAUAAAGUGGACAACUGAUAAUAUAUGCAUUAUGCUGGAUACUGUGAAGGAAUGGCAGCUAUUGUGUCAUGAUGAUGCUGAAGUGGAAGCUACUAGAGCAGAGGGUCAUCCUAUGUGGAAUGAAGUGGCAUACAGAUUAAGUCGACGCUAUAAGAAAUGCCCUAAUGUAUGUCAAAAGUUUUUUACAAAUCUGUGCCACAACUAUGUAAAGUAUAGAGUAUCCAGAAGUUCUUCAACUAAAAUGCCAGAGACUUUGUGUAAAAAUAAAAAAAUAAAAAACCUUUUACACACCGUUCUCUCUCGUGUGGGCUCUUGUGAUGCAGAAUGGGAUAUUCGAGAUGUGUCGUGGGCAAGUGAAACCAGUAGCUGGACCAUGGCUGAAAUAUUAGAACUGCUCUUCACUGUCAGAGAACUAUGGUCAGGAGGGACUAGUAUAGAUUGGAAACAGGUGAGUCUAAUGAUGAAAGCUGGCGGUCAUCAAAGAGAGGCAAAUUGUUGUUACUCUAAAUUUCACCAACUAUACAGUGGAUACCAAGCCGCAUAUGCUUAUAACCAAAAAUAUAGCAUUCGGGAACGACGACGACCAUCUUUUUAUUUCAAGAUUCAUUCCUUGUUUGGCUACAGAGAGAGAAUUCCAGGAUGUGAUUUUGAGCCAGUGACUAGUGAAGAUAAGGACUUGGAUGUGGAUGAACAAGAAGUGAUUGAAGUAUUGCUGGCCGAGAUGAAGGACAUGAAGGGCCUCACCUUGCACAGUGUUCCUCGCCUACCGCUUCUACUCUCUCUAUCUCACUUCCUCGAUGAGCAUUACCAGCAUCGGCCCAACACUUUCACACCAUACCAGAUUUGGCAUCUGUUAGUACAACUUCACAAUGCUCAGCUGGAAACUGUCCAGGAAGGUAGUGAGGGGCCAUUUGGUGCAGACCUUGAUGGCUUGUGGCAAGGACACUCGAGCCCUCUACAGGCUUACGGGCUUCAUGCUGUACCUCUUCCAGGAUGGCAGUUGAUCUGUGAUUGGAGUGAGGCAGAAUUGGAUAUUCUAACAAAGUCAGCCAUGGAAUGGAAGAUGAACUCUUCACAAGACAUAUCUAUGAGUGAGGUUUUCAGUGAGGCACUGAAAGCUGAAAAUUAUAAUAAGACAGCUAAACAGUGUCGUAAUCAGUGGCAUUACAUGAUAAAUGUUGUAAAACAUGGUGGAUACCAACGAUAUAAGAACCACAUUGAUCUUGUUUCUUUAUUACAGACCUCUCUGCCUAAACAAACUAGUUCUUGUAAGAAUAAAAGCAGCAUCACAAAAUUGUGUAAGGAAAGGAAAAACGUUAGUCAUUCGUUUGUUUCGUAUGGGGAUAGAAAUUCCUCACAAAAUCUCGACCAAAACAUGCCUAAUGUAUUCGUAACAAAUCGGACCACUAUUGUCGAGAGAGAAAAUAUCAAUGUAUUGCCUAAGGAUUCUCAAGUGUCUGAACAUUCUAAUGCGGUAGAUAAUUUAAUGAGCUUAAGUGAAAUCUCAAAUAAUGUUACAGAAGGGAAAUUAAAAAAUACAGUUAAAUCAAGUGAUGAGAAGGUAAUUAAGAAACGCAUACUUCAUCUAUUGAUGACAAACAUUUCAAAGAAGGAUAAAAUUCUAGUGGAAGUUUUAAGCAUUGCUGAAAAAGAUAAUUUCAAUGUGAUAGAAUGUCAAGCAGAAGAUGGGCACCAAAAAAGAAUUCUAAAGCUUCAUUAUCCAGUCAAGCAUACACUUCCUACUAAUGUCAAAUACAUUACUAUUCCCAAGAUGCUUGUUUAUCCAGCUUACAUAGAUCCUGCUGCUCAAGACUCCCCUAUACUAAGUACCAAAAGAAAUGGUAGAGAGUCAUACUGUUAUACUUCAGACUUCAAACUUACAAACCACCAGACAAAGAUUUUAGAGUGUGCUACGAGUAACCUCCGACUUCAAAUACGUGAAAAACAGAGAUAUUUAUAUCGAGGAUCACACAAAGGAAGACUUCGGGAAUCGUCAAUUAAACAGGUGAAAAUAAAUGGGAGAGUAUUGUCUGUGUGUCGCGUGGUGAGUAAAAACAACAUUUCACGAAUAAUAUUGAAAAUGAAAAGAAGAGGGUCCCAAUUGCAGAUGAUGAAGACAAGAAAGGUUUUAAAGCUAGCGUUAAAAAAACAAUUUAGUGAAUACAGUGAGUUUGAGAUAGAAAAGAGAAAAACAAGUGAUCAUGAGAAGGUUGAAGAGCAAGGAAGAGCCAAUUUAAUAUGCUUGAUAAACCAGUACCAUCUCCAACAUGAAAAAGGAAGGCUCUUUAAAAUACUGUUAAGAAAGGCACCAAGAAGAAACUUUAACCCUUGAUUAUAUUAUGCUACUCAUUGAUGAAAUGAGUUUUUUUUUUUUUUAUUAAUCUUUACAUGCUGUAUGAAGAAUGGACAGUAAUAACAUCACACACAACACAUGGAAAACUUCUAUUGUACUACAAUACAAAAUAAUUCACUUUUCAAAUGUUGUUUAACAGAUGCUUUGAGCAUGUGACCUAAGCCAGUUUGGAAAGGAGCAUGAAAUAUUAGGAAAGUUGGAGAAAAUGAGACCACAAAAUAAUGGAAGCAGAUUUAUUCUAAUUACUAUUUUUAGUAAUUAGUAAAAAAUUUUUUGUAAUUAUUCUAAUUACAUUUUUAUUUAAAAAAAUGAUAAUUUUCUAGUCAAGAUGCCAGUUCUAAGUGAUAUCCGAAUUGAAAAAAUAAACACAUCUGUUGCCUAUUUGAAUAAAGAAUGUUUGUAAUACUUGUAGCAAAUUAUAUAUUGCAAAUAUA